GCUUUGCUUUGAAGAGCCAUUCCACGAGUACCGGCUGGAGAUACUCGCAAUCGAACCGGGGAUGCCUUGUAGUUUUGCUCGAGACUGGUCAAAAUUGAAUGUUCGAAUUGGCCCGUCUCUGAAUCGCCGAUGUUUUAAAACACAUCGUCUCGAUUUCAAGUCGCUGCUGGUCAGGCCAUUCAAAAAAACUUUCCGCAUGUCAACACAUUCCUUUUUUGAAAGAAAAUACUAAGUGGCGAUAUCGAACUAUAUUUGACGCUUUGCGAAUAGGGUUCCACAGGCAUUCCAAUGAAAAGAUAUUCGUCCAUUCUCCGCCUCCACCGGCACUAUUGUAUGCCGUUACCAGAGCGUCGCUGUACUGUUCAAACGUUCACCAUCCUUCACGGUGAUAUAUGAACGUCUGCCAAUUAUGCUCCACAUAUAGCUUUCAAUCUCGUCAAUUGAGAUCUUCUCGAAAUGUUCAUCACCGCCAGUUCCACAGUUGUUUCAUUCUGAUCUUCCAUCCACUGGCAGAUGUGUCAAUUGCGGCGCACCGCGCAGAUGUGCGCAAGUUUCUGCUAUAAAAGAGCCCUUCAGUUUUGAAUCACUCCAAGCUUAUCCCCUUUCGCAGCAUCCGAUCUAAUGUGUUGGUCUACCAAAGAAGCCUCUGAAGAUCUCGCUGUGUCUGUACGUUUGCCUAGUGCCCCAGAAAUUCUGCGCCAAUCCACGGCGGUACAGAACUCUCGCUAUGAUCAGGACUCAGUUGUAUACCCUUCGGCUAUUCGUGUUCCUUCCGUCCUGUACGCUUUGACACCGAUAUUAUCCCAGCCCAUGGAGUGGACAGCUCACGUCCACCCGGAAGGUGCUCGGUACUAUGUCCACAAUGUCCUUGGUAUUGUCACGAAUGCGCCACUUCAUAUUCCGUCGCUCUAUGACCGCCUCUGUAUUGCUAUCGCUGAGGUUGGCGGGAUCAUUGCAGAACUACAAUGCUCACUCCCCCACGAUUAUGAGGUUCACUUGCAACUAGAUUAUGCAAGUAACAGAUGCGACUACUACGCCAUAGACCAUGACAAACAGAGAGAAUUCUGGUUCAUGGAUAGCAAUUCAGACGAGUUGAAGUUACCUGCUGUGACCUCUCUCACGCACCUCGAACAUACCCUACAAGAACACUAUUGGACCCAUGUUGAAUUCUACCCACAUCGCCCUGUUGCGAAACAUUUGCGGCAAGAGUUGCUCAGUGUAUUGCGACAUGCACAGGCUGAUCAUCUCACUUCAGACUCAUCAACUUUUCCCUUUGAUGCAAAGCAAUGUGCAACAUUUAUCAAGUUGAUCAACUUAUCAGAUGAGGCCUGUGAGAAUUCCUAUAUGACAUCUGUGAUAGCUCGCAUCUGGACAACUGUCUGUUUGCAUAGAUUUCAGAACUACUAUGGAGAGGAUUAUGCACGUCUUUGUCGUGAUCAGAGAUGUCUUGAAGCCAGUUCCAUUCAGCCAACCUUCUUAAUGAGGGCUUGUUUUAUUGGCCUCUUCAAUAUGCCCAAUUCAUUCAAAGCUGACCUGGAUGGCCUAUUUAUUGACAAUCUGUUACAUAUCAUUCAUUGGAGAACCUUUUCAAAUAUGUUGCGAACAUCUUGGAAGACUUCCUGCAUUGAAUCAGUGAGCUUAAUCAUCAUCAAUGGAAUUUUGCUUGGUCUUAGCAGAACAUAUCUCUCAAGCUACACCUGCCUGGCAUCUCUGGUGCUUUCAGCUGGAAGUCUCUACACAAGCUUCAAUUUAUUGGAACAGUAUUCAGGUGCAGAGACAUACACUGCCUCUAUUGUGGCUGAUCAUCUGGAUAAACUCAAACAAACAGUAGGCUUUGAUGCCCUUGCUGCACUAUUUGCACUUCCAAAAGCUCUUGUUGGAUGGUCAAUCAUUUUUCUUUGUACAGGAAUUAUUGGAAUUGUGUUUGAGACCAUAGGAUUAUGGGUGGCCAUUCUUCCAACCAUUGCCAUUGCACUUGGUGCCACAAUCUAUGUGCUGCACCUUGUAAUUUCAUGCAUCCAUACCAUGUUUGACCAUACUCAGGAGCACUCUUCUGAGGUCUAGCCUGUGCUUUGCCGCUCAAUAUGCCUGGCUUUAUUCUCAGGACAGAACCAGGUUCACUAAUUUUCUGGCCUCAUCUAUUCAGCCAGAUAUGUAUCCUUCUUUCUUUAUCUCUUUUCUCUAAUUCUAUUAUCUAUUGUUCAGGGAUUUACAGAUCACCAUAUUGAUUUUAUACCAAGAGAUAUAUCAAAGCCUAAAUUAAAGAUAGAAUUGUAUGUUAGGCAGAUGGUUAGCUAGAUGGUUUGGUACCUCUUGAUAUCACUUUGUAGUAUAAAGAUGACAGUAAACUUGGAGAAUCUAUAUGCACAUAUCUAUGUAAGGUCUUACCCACUCUAAAAUACAAGUAUCUAUUACAUGGUACUAACC